AUGACUAACAACUGCAACCCUCAAUGUGUACGGGCCACCGGAUUUCUAGUCCCUCGGAGGGGAGAUUCCUGCCGUAUCAAACGGGACCUUACCUGGCCCAGACGGAGCCCGACAGUCACGCUGACCACAGGCGGACCUGGUCCUGAUUCCCCCCCCCCCCCCAAGGGGCACCAGGCAGCCCUGCAUAAUCAUCUCCACUCGCUGAUCCCACCGAGCAGCAGAACAAAAGAGACACUGUAUCCCUUACCGGCAGCUCAAGCAGCAGAGGAAAUGCCAUCACACGGGCUCGCACACCUACAUGCCCACACGGAGAGUAUGGCCCGCAGACAAUGGGAGUUAGCCUCCACCGCCACAACGAGCCAUGUAGACAAACUGGAGGAGCCACGCUGCCCAGCAAACGGGACCCUUACUCCACCUGAACCCACAUGGUUACUCGUCUACUGUGAAAACACCGGAGGGGGAUGA